AUGGAAUUCAAUUGUAUUAUUGAAAGGGAAUCGUUUUAAUUAAACGCAAAGGAUAGAUCAUUGUCAAUUUCCAAUAAGUCAAUUUAAUACACAUUUGACCUUUCGUUGAAGGUUCUAAUAACCUGGUUAUUUCGUGAAAAUGAAAUUAGUGGGUUUCUAUUAGAAAAUCUUGUUGUGGAAGGAGAUGGUUUAAAUAUGAAAAAACUUAAAUAAUUUCUAAGUGGUAAAAUUACAUUUUCAGGGAUUUAAAUCUUCUAUUUCUUUCAUGGAGAGAUAAAUGUCAAUAAAAAUAAUGCCACUAAAGUAUAUAUAUAAAAUUAAAAAGGUUUGUACUCUCAUCAAUAGACAAACGAAAUUAAAAUUCUCUUGUAAAUGCUUUAAGAAAAGUGUAUUAGGAAUCGAGAAAAUUCAUAAAGAGAUUGAAAUAAUAUAGAAGGUUUCUAAACAUGGAUUUGCCCCUAAAAUUUAUGAAUGUUUUGAAUCAAAUAAUUGCAUCUAUCUGAUUAUGGAAAAUCUGGAAAGAAUAUAAGUUUAAGAAUUUAUGGAUGAUGAUAUAAGAGUAUUUCUAUAUGUAAAUUACUUUUAUCAAUUUAGAAUUUGAUUUAAACCAUUACUUCUCUUCACAAGGAAAAUAUUGUUCAUAAGAGCAUAAAGAUGUCACACAUUUUGUUUAGCGAAGAUAAUAAGUUAAAAUUGGUUGGAUUUGGACAAGCUAAUGACACAAAUAUUCAAAAUAAUGAGUUUAGACUGGAUAUUUUUAAAAUAGGGAUGAUUAUGUAUAAAUUGUAAAGAUUUUAUUUAUAAAAUAGCUACUAAAAAUAGAAUUUUCAAAUUGAUUAACUUCCUGUUAUUCCAGAUGAGGGAAAUUCACUAAUAUAAUCUCUAUUGGACUGGAAAAAUGAUUCACCCUUUUAAUUGAACAUGUUGUUAAACCACUCUUACUUCAAAUUGUUAAAAAAUGAAGGAAUACAAUUAUGUAUUAAUAUUUUUUCUAUUAUAGAAAUUUAAUGUAUGAGCCCAAAAUUCAAAACAAAGGUUUAUUAAAAUGAGGAUGAUGAAUCAAAUUUUUGA